AUGAUAUGGACAAAAUUCCAGGCCACACACACCCCUAAGACUAUAGAUUUUGGAACUAUGUUGCACUUAAGGGCCUUUUUUACACCUGGGCACACAUUGGGUCACUUGAUCUAACUGCUUGAUGGCCAAGCAUUACUAAGUCCAACCAGUUCUAUUUAAAACUCUGUCUCAUUUCCAUUCCUUGUAGGGAGAAUGUUUGAGGGUAAUGCCUCAAUUAUGUUGCCAUCUCUAGAUACAGUGGGAUCACUAAAUUAUGACACUCUGCUUUGGCCUGGACAUGAGUAUGCAGAAGAUAACCAGCUGUUUGCUGCUGAGGUGGAGCCUUGCAAUAUUGUGCAGGAACAGAAGUUGCAGUGGGUGCUGCAACAGAGGGGUCAGAGAUUGUGUAUGUGCACAUCCACUUUGGCAGAGGAGAAAAAGGACAAUCCCUUCCUGCUGAGCCACACCCAGGAUCUCCACUGUGCUCCUUGCCUGCAGCAGAAGCAGAAUGAGGACUCGACACCAUAUCGGGCCUGUGUUUUAGAGAAGCUGUGCAAACGAAAGGAUAUUUAUAAGGGCCAAUAA